GCUGUCAUCUAAAAGUUUUGUUUUGCUACGCUGCCGGUUUCCUGGCCCUUUGGCUAGGGAGAGCGGCUUUUGGUGGGCCUUUUGAUGUGUGUCUGUGCACCUGCUGGUGUUUCUGGGUGGCUGCUUUUUCCAGUACCUAGUCUGGAAUAUAUGAGGCAAAAAGAAACCCCAGGAACUCAUUGCCUUGUCUUUCUUCAGUCCUGAGAUCCUUCUACAGUCUAUUUUCUUUCCACUUUUCAUUUUUAUUUGUUUUUUAAUGUAUACCGUCUAGUGUUUUUUGCUGUACUUACCAGAAGGAAUAGGGAAAAGUAUGUCUACUCAGUCUUUCUGGAAACGGAAGUCCUGUAUUUGUUUUUUAAAAUUUUAAUGAAUGUUGACAAAUUGCCCAGUUUACAUGUUAAUCCAUACAUUUAACAAGUGCCUAUUUACCUGCACCCUCACCAAUACGGUGUGUUAAUCAGACCACCACAGUCAUCGGAUCAGAUGGUACCUCAUCUGGGGAAGGAAAUGAACUGUCUUCAUGCCCAUGUAUUGGGGCUCGUUCUGGGCUCUGAUUUGCAGGAUGUGUAAGCCCUUCCCAGCUCUAAAUGUCUAUGAUUCUGGUUAGAUAAAUGGACUUGCACGUGCUAAAUUAUCAAGGCAGUCUGCUGACUCCACAGAAGGUUUGGAAGAUAUGGAGAAAUUACAGAGUAAAUGCCACUCUAAAUUAAUUUAGGGUUACAUUUAUUUUGGGACCUUCUAUUUUUCUAAGAUGUGUCAUUAUUUGGUCUUUUUUUCCUGGUAGGUUGUAGUUUUUUAGUCAUAGAAAUACUUUAAAUUUUGCAAAGUGCUUUCAUGUUUGUGUUCUUACUACAAACAAACAAAAAAAAAAUGUGAGGCAGGAGUGAUUGCUAUCCCCACUUUAUGACUAAGAAAACUGAAACAGAUCAGGUAAUUUGUUUACAGCCUUAUAAAUUAGUGUCAACUGUGUAUUUGCCUUGCAGAGGGCGAUAACUGUUUCCUAUCUAGUAAAGACAAAACAGCUUUGCAGUUUUAAAGUAAUCCACACUAUCUCCCUAUCCAUCAGUUUAUGUUUAAUAAGGUACUAUGUUUAAAAGAUAUUCUUUGAAAUUCUCAGCUAAUAAGCGAGAAUUCUUAUCUGUAUUCUGUCUGUAUGUAUGCAUUUUGUAUCAGUACUAAAGGAGCCCUGGUGGCACAGUGGUUGAAGAGUUGGGCUGCUAACUGAAAGGUCGGUAGUUCAAACCCACCAGCCACUCCGCAGGAGAAAGACGUGGCAGUCUGCUUCCAUAAAGAUUGAAAGCCUCAGAAACCCCGUGGGACAGUUUUACUCUGUCCUGUAGGGUUGCUGUGAGUUGGAAUCGACUCGAUUGGCAACAGGUUUGGUUUUUGGUUUUUAUUAUUCCUAAAACUAAGAUAAUUGCAGGCAUCGAGUAACAGACAUGGGCGUGUAGCAAGAAAUGUCUUCUUGAUUCAUCAUUAGAAUCUUAAUGAGUACGAAACAAGAAAAAUAAAAUGGAAAAUAUUUUCAAGUCGAAUUGUUUUCAAAAAAUGGUUGUCAGGCAACACACAUAGGGCAACAGUCGCUUAAUGAUGCGUGCUCUUUUCCCUCCAAGACUUGUUUGUUGAAAAAGAACAAAACAAAAAACAACCCAGGCUAUUUUUGAUGGACGUUGCAUUUUUAAUUAAUCCUCUUCCCGGUCAACAUUAUGUUGAUAAGUGUCAGUGGUAGUUAUUUCCCACAUCCUGGGUAUAGGGACUUGGAGUUGGGCCCUUGGGUAAGAUGUUUCCUGCAUUGCUGGAGAGCUCCAGGCCACAGACCUUGGGGGCUUCACACUAGUCACAUUUCAAUAUAUCGUUUCUUAAGGGUGGGGCAUUUAACCCUUAAAAACAAAUUUUCCUUUGGUUUUUACUUUUUAUUUGCUUAUUUUUUCCAAAUGUAUAGGCUUGUACUUGUGUCUUGAAAUUAAUGCAUUACAUUUGUAAUUCUGUGUGUUCUAUUGAUACUGAUUGGCUCACCUGGGUUUUUUUCUUAGACACUAUUUUUCUAAUAAUUUUCUUCAGAUAUGAUUUGCGUGCCCUAAAAUUCACCCAUUAAAAUUGUACAGUUUAGUUUUUUGCUGUAGUCAAAGGGUUGUGUUGUCAUCAGCACAGUCUAGUUUUUAGAAUAUUGAUCCCUUAAAAAGAGACUCCAGGAGUUGCUGGGUAGCAUAAACACUUCACUGCUUGACUGCUAGUUGAAAUGUUUGUGGUUCAAACCCACCCAGAGGUACCUUGGAAGACAGGCCUGGCAAUUGCUUCCGAAAGGCCACAGCCUUGAAAACCUUGUGGAGCAGUUCUGGAGGUGUCAUGUAAAUGAAAUCAUACAAUACAUUGUUUUUUUGUAAAUAACUGGUUUCACUUAAUAUAAUGUUUUCAAGGUUCAUCCAUAUUGUAGUAUGCACUAGGACUCUGUAGUUUUUAUGGUCAAAUACAGUUCUCUUCUGUGGAUAUUCCAUGUUUUAUUUAUCUGUUUAUUAAUUGGUGGACAUUUGAGUUGUUCCCACUUUUUGGCUAUUAUGAAUAUUGCCGCUAUGAACAUUUGUGCAUAAGUUUUUGAGUGGAUAUAUGUUUUCAUUUCUCUUGGGUAUGUAUCUAGGAGUGGUAUUGCUGGGUCAUCAUCUUAGUUAUCUAGUGCUGCCAUAACAGAAAUACCACAAGUGGAUGGUUUUAACAAACAAGAAUUUAUUCUCUCACAGUUUAGGAGGCUCAAAGUCUGAAUUCGGGGCACCAGCUCUAGGGGAAGGCUUUCUCUCCCUCUGUUGGGUCUGGGGGAAGGUCCUUGUCUCUUUUGAACAUCUCGGGGCCUGGCAUUCUUUGGAAAUCUCUGCGUCUUGACGUCAGUCUUCCCCUGGGUCUAGGAGGUUCUCAGCGCAGGGACUCCAGGUCAAAAGGAUGAGCUAUGUGCUCUGCUUCUGACUCUUCUUUUUUGGUGGUAUGAAGACCCACUCCACUGACUUCUCUCUUGUAUGUCUCAAAAGAGAUUGACUCAAGAUUGUGUCCUGCCUCAUUAACAUAACUGCCUUUAAUCCUGCCUCGUUAACAUCAUAGAGGUUAGGAUUUACAGUACACAGGAUAAUUACAUCAGAUCACAAAGUGGAAGACAACCACACAGUACUGGGAAUCAUGGCCCACCCAAGUUGACACACAUUUUUGGGGGACACAGUUCAGUCCAUACCAGUGGUAUAUAGUAUCUCUGUUUAACUUUUCAGGAGUUGCCAAACUGUUUUCCAAAGUGGCUGCACCCUUUUAUAUUCCCACCAGCGAUGUAUGAAGGUUCCACAUUCUCCACAUAUUCACCAACACUUGUUAUUUUCUGUUUUGAUUGUAGUGUGUGUGAAACAGGGGUUUGAACCUAUUUGAACCAGUUCAGUCAUGGCCAACGAAGCAAAACUGGAACAGACCCGAAUUUUAAAAAUUUGGGUGAUCUGGAACCAUAACUGGAACAGGAAAAUUACAGGUCACAUCCCUGGAAUGGGGCGCUCGGAAGAGGUGUAGUGAGCCCUUUCAGGAACUUGCUACAUGAGGUUGGAUUAUUGCCAGGACUGAGGAUAGUAACACACGUUCAGAGUGGCACAGUCAGCCACCAUCUUUGAGCGGGACAUUGCUGUGUCCGACUUUGCACAAAAUCCUACAGGCAAGGGAUUUAGUUGGUAUGCAACGUAUAUGCUGCUCUUGUUUUCGAGAGGGAGAUUAAGUUUCUAGCAGGGCUUUGACCGGUAAUUUCUCAUUUCAGUUAUGUUUCUAGUUUACCCAAAUUUUAAAAACUCGGGUCUGUUCCUUGGCCAUGAUUGAACCAGGAAGAACUGAUUCAAAGCUCUGGUGUGAAGUGGUAUGUUAUUGUGGUUUAGAUUUGGCAUUUCUCUGAUGAUUAAUGAUGUUGAGCGUCUUUUCAUGUGCUCAUUGGCUAUUUGCAUACCUUUGGAGGACCUAUUCAAGUGCUUUGCCUAUUUUUUAAUUGGGUUAUUUCUGUAUUUUAUUUGAAUUAUGAGUUCUUUGCAUAUUCUGGAUAACAGCCCCUUAUCAGAUACGUGAUUUGCAAAUAUUUUCUCCCAUUCUGUUGUCUGUUCUUUUUUUAAUAAUUUAUUUUUAUUGUUGAUAUUGAGAAUAUACACAGCAGAACAUAUGCCAGUUUAGUUUCUCUAUGUACAAUUCAGUGACAUUGAUUAUGUUCUUCGAGUCAUGCAACUAUUCUCACUCUGCUUUUCUGAGUUGUUCCUCCCCCGUUAACAUAAACUCACUGCCCUGUAAGGUUCCUAUCUAAUAAUUCAAGUUGUUUUUGUUUUUUACUUUUCUUGAUGUUGGUCCUUUGGCUUACAAAACUUUUUAAUUUUGAUGAAAUCCAAUUUAUUUUUUCUUUUUUGUCACUUGUACUUUUGGUAUUAUGUCUAAGAAACCAUUGCUUGACUCAAAGUAACAAAGAUUUAUUCCGUUAGAAAUUAGAAAUUAUGAACUUCUAACACUGUUAUGAAUUCAGCUCUUACAUUUAGGUCUUUGAUCGGUUUUGAGUGUAUGGUAUGAGGUGUAGGGGAUCUAAGUUCAUUCUUUUGCAUGUGGAUAUCCAGCCGUCUGAGCAUUUGUUGAAAAGACUUCUUUCCUCAUCAGAUUGUCUUGAACAAAAAAACCAAACCCGUUGCCAUCGAGUUGAUUCCGACUCAUAGCGACCCUGUAGGACAGAGUAGAACUGCCCCAUAUGGUUUCAGGGGGCACUUAGUGGAUUGGAACUGCCAGCUUUUUGGUUAACAGCCAUAGCUCUUAACCACUACACCACCAGGGUUUCCUUGAAUUGUCUUGGCCAGUAUUUAAUAGACAUAUUCUUUUAAACCAAAAAUCAAAGCACUUGGACUUUUAGACAACCCUAAGCUUUCAUGGAAGUGUUUCAAAGAUUGAAAGUCUCUACCAAAUGAUGUGUUAUUGUGGAAGUUGACUUUAUAUUAGAGAAGUCUAGAAUUGGGUCUUAAGAUUGAUUGACCAGCAGUUUUCUUUCAAACGAGUCUUUAAUACCUUCUCACAACAGUACGUAAGAGAGAAUGAUGAAGGAUGGUCUGCUCUUUCAAGAAACUGAAACGCAGUUGUGAGAGGCUUCGGACAAAAAUGUUUCAUUUAAGGACUUGUGCUGCUAAGUUGAGGCCAUUGACAGCUUCCCAGACUGUUAAGACAUUUGCACAAAACAGACCAGCAGCAGCUAGGACAUUUCAACAAAUUCGAUGCUAUACUGCACCUGUCGCUGCUGAGCCCUUCUUGAGUGGGACUAGUUCGAACUAUGUGGAGGAAAUGUACUAUGCUUGGUUGGAAAACCCCAAAAGUGUACAUAAGUCAUGGGACAUAUUUUUCCGCAACACCAAUGCCGGAGCCCCCCCGGGCACUGCCUACCAAAGCCCCCUCCCCCUGAGCCGAGGCUCCCUUUCUACCAUCGCCCGAGCACAGUCACUGGUGGAGGCCCAGCCCAAUGUUGACAAGCUUGUGGAAGACCACUUGGCUGUACAGUCUCUCAUCAGGGCGUACCAGAUACGAGGGCACCAUGUAGCACAGCUGGACCCCCUGGGAAUUUUGGAUGCUGAUCUGGACUCCUCCGUGCCAGCUGACAUUAUCUCAUCCACAGACAAACUUGGGUUUUAUGGACUGCAUGAAUCUGAUCUCGACAAAGUCUUCCACUUGCCCACCACAACCUUCAUUGGGGGAAAGGAGUCUGCCCUUCCGCUUCGGGAGAUCAUUCGUCGGCUGGAGAUGGCCUAUUGUCAGCAUAUUGGAGUGGAGUUUAUGUUUAUCAAUGACCUGGAGCAGUGCCAGUGGAUCAGGCAGAAGUUUGAGACUCCUGGAAUCAUGCAGUUCACGAACGAGGAGAAACGAACUCUGCUGGCCAGGCUCGUGCGGUCCACCAGGUUUGAGGAGUUCCUUCAGAGGAAGUGGUCCUCUGAGAAGCGCUUUGGUUUGGAAGGCUGUGAGGUGUUGAUUCCUGCCCUGAAGACUAUCAUUGACAAGUCGAGUGAGAAUGGAGUUGAUUAUGUGAUUAUGGGCAUGCCACACAGAGGGCGGCUGAACGUGCUUGCAAACGUCAUCAGGAAGGAGCUAGAGCAGAUCUUCUGUCAGUUUGAUUCAAAGCUGGAGGCGGCUGAUGAGGGCUCUGGAGAUGUGAAGUAUCACUUGGGCAUGUAUCAUCGGAGGAUUAACCGCGUGACAGACAGGAAUAUCACUCUGUCCCUGGUGGCCAACCCUUCCCACCUCGAGGCUGCCGACCCUGUGGUGAUGGGCAAGACCAAAGCUGAGCAGUUUUACUGUGGGGACACUGAAGGGAAAAAGGUCAUGUCCAUCCUUCUGCAUGGAGAUGCUGCGUUUGCUGGUCAGGGCAUUGUGUACGAGACCUUCCACCUGAGUGACCUGCCGUCCUAUACGACGCACGGCACUGUGCAUGUGGUUGUCAAUAACCAGAUCGGCUUCACCACAGAUCCCCGGAUGGCCCGGUCCUCUCCCUACCCUACAGACGUGGCCCGUGUGGUGAACGCCCCCAUUUUCCACGUGAACUCAGACGACCCUGAAGCAGUGAUGUAUGUGUGCAACGUGGCUGCUGAGUGGAGGAGCACCUUCCACAAGGAUGUGGUUGUUGACCUGGUGUGUUACCGGCGCAAUGGCCACAACGAGAUGGAUGAGCCCAUGUUCACACAGCCGCUCAUGUACAAGCAGAUCCGAAAGCAGAAGCCCGUGCUGCAGAAGUACGCCGAGUUGCUCGUGUCACAGGGAGUGGUCAACCAGCCGGAGUAUGAGGAGGAAAUCUCGAAGUAUGACAAGAUCUGUGAGGAGGCAUUUGCUAGGUCCAAAGAUGAGAAAAUCUUGCACAUCAAGCACUGGCUUGACUCUCCCUGGCCUGGUUUCUUCACCCUGGAUGGGCAGCCGAGGAGCAUGUCUUGCCCUUCCACGGGUUUAACAGAAGAUAUUCUGACCCACAUUGGGAGUGUGGCCAGCUCUGUGCCUGUGGAGAACUUCACCAUUCAUGGAGGGCUGAGCCGGAUCCUGAAAACUCGGGGUGAGCUGGUGAAGAACAGGACUGUGGACUGGGCCCUGGCCGAGUACAUGGCCUUUGGCUCUCUCCUGAAAGAGGGGAUCCACAUCCGACUAAGUGGCCAAGAUGUGGAGCGAGGCACUUUCAGCCACCGACACCAUGUGCUGCAUGACCAGAAUGUGGACAAGAGGACCUGCAUCCCCAUGAACCACCUCUGGCCCAAUCAGGCCCCCUACACUGUCUGCAACAGCUCCCUGUCAGAGUACGGAGUCCUGGGCUUUGAGCUGGGCUUUGCCAUGGCCAGCCCCAAUGCCCUGGUCCUCUGGGAGGCUCAGUUUGGUGACUUCCACAACACAGCCCAGUGCAUCAUUGACCAGUUCAUCUGCCCAGGACAAGCCAAGUGGGUGCGGCAGAACGGCAUUGUGCUGCUGCUGCCCCAUGGCAUGGAGGGCAUGGGUCCAGAACAUUCCUCAGCCAGACCAGAGAGGUUCCUGCAGAUGUGCAAUGACGACCCAGAUGUCCUGCCGGACCUGGAGGAAGCCAACUUCGACAUAAAUCAACUGUAUGACUGCAACUGGGUUGUUGUCAACUGCUCCACCCCUGGCAACUUCUUCCACGUGCUGCGACGCCAGAUCCUCUUGCCCUUCCGGAAGCCGUUAAUCAUCUUCACUCCAAAGUCACUGCUGCGUCACCCUGAAGCUAGAACCAGCUUUGAUGAAAUGCUUCCAGGAACCCACUUCCAGCGGGUGAUCCCAGAAAACGGCCCUGCGUCUCAGAACCCAGAAAAAGUCAAGAGACUUCUCUUCUGUACUGGCAAGGUGUACUACGACCUCACCCGAGAGCGUGCAGCUCGCAACAUGGCAGAGGAGGUGGCCAUUACAAGAAUCGAGCAGCUUUCCCCAUUCCCCUUUGACCUCCUGCUGAAGGAGGUGCAGAAGUACCCCAAUGCUGAGCUGGCCUGGUGCCAGGAGGAACACAAGAACCAGGGCUACUACGACUACGUGAAACCCCGGCUCCGGACAACCAUCAACCGCUCACGGCCCGUCUGGUAUGCUGGCCGGGACCCAGCGGCUGCUCCAGCCACUGGCAACAAGAAGACCCACCUGACAGAGCUGCAGCGCCUUCUGGACACGGCCUUCAACCUGGACGCCUUCAAGAACCUGGCAUAGACCCGGCCUGAGCUGCCGGCCCCCCUCCCUCCACCCACGACUGCCAUGCUUCUCCACUAAAGAAUAGUGCCUCAGCACUGCCCAGGCUCCCUCCCACUGCACCGACACUCCCCACUCUGAGACGACACGGGAUCGCUCGUCCCCUCAACUGCUUGGCUGCCCCUCUCCCUUGCCAGAUGCCUCGCCACUGGCCUCCCCCAGGGCUGCAGAGCCCCCACCUCUCUGGAGGCCUCAGGGACAGGAGAAGGAAAGGGUGGGCUGUGGGCCAGGCUGGCUCCCGCAGCAGGGAAGGCAAGGGGCCUCAUGGUGUGCUGGUGGUCCUCACCACCCAGGAAGGGAAGAGCCUCUGUAUCUGGGACAAGGAGAGCUUUGUCUUCCUCAGCCCAUCCUUAGCAUCAGCAGGCAGGAAACUACCCACAACCUGGACUCGGGUCUGCAGUGAAAGGGAUCCCAUGGGGUGGUCUGGGCACUGGCCAGGCUCUCAGCUCCUGGGUGGACCGAGGACAGAGGCAGAGGGGGCAGCUCUACCUGACCUCGGCUCAGAAGACACACCAGAGUCAGGAAGGCCCUGUCUCUCUCCAGAGUCCUCUGGUGCCCCUUGUGUGGGGUUGUGUAUGUCUGCCCCUGCCUAGGGUCCAGGGGCCUGGAGCCUGGAAUGUGCACUUCAAGGUGCCCCGCAGCCCCCAGGGUGCCAGCACUUGGGACCCUGUGUCCUGCUUACUCCUCCACCUCCUCCCUCUUCCUCCCGGCCCCAACCCCAACUCUUCUUUCUUUCCUUUAUUUCCCUUUAACAAAAUGGAAACUUUCUGAUGCAUUAUUUUCUUUACUGUGCCAAAGCAAGUCUGAGGGGCAAGAGAAUGGGGAAGUGAGGGGACGGGGCAUGGUCAACUGCCAGCUGCCCUUCAUCACCGUCACUUUGACUCUUUAUAGGGACAGAUCUGAUUUAUUUAUUUUGGUUAAAAAAAAAUAACUUUUCAUUGUAUUUGGCUUGACCCAUAAAAUAAGUUAUCCUUGG